ACUGGAGCGCGGACGUCAGGAACAAAAGCUCCGGUGGAGUCUGGCGGAGGCACUCCGGGAGCAUGGGGUGUUUUGAAUAAUUAUUAAAAUUAGCAUGUGUCUGCGCCAUCCUGUGGGUGUGGCGCAGAGCGGAGUGUAAACUCUAGCUGGGGCUCAAGCAAACAUUGGAUUGGCGGCAGCAGCCUGCCAGCUUGCCUGCCUGCCCGAGGAGUGCGGGGACCAGCUCGCGCCGCCGACCUGCACGAUGGCCUCGUCUCAGGGGAGAAACGAGCUGAAAUUCGCCGACUGGAUGGCAACUCUGCCGGAGAGCAUCCACAGCAUCCCCCUCACCAAUUUGGCCAUCCCAGGGUCCCAUGAUUCCUUCAGCUUCUACAUUGAUGAAGCCUCUCCAGUAGGUCCUGAACAGCCAGAAACGGUCCAGAAUUUUGUUUCUGUAUUUGGAACUGUAGCCAAGAAGCUGAUGCGGAAAUGGUUGGCCACUCAGACAAUGAACUUUACAGGUCAGCUAGGAGCUGGAAUCCGUUAUUUUGAUCUUCGAAUUUCCACUAAGCCCAGAGACCCUGACAAUGAACUUUACUUCGCACAUGGUUUGUUCAGUGCCAAAGUCAACGAAGGUCUUGAGGAGAUUAAUGCAUUCCUCACAGAUCACCAUAAGGAGGUGGUAUUCUUGGACUUCAAUCAUUUCUAUGGGAUGCAGAAAUAUCACCAUGAAAAACUGGUCCAAAUGCUGAAAGAUAUCUACGGAAACAAAAUGUGCCCAGCAAUUUUUGCCCAGGAAGUUAGUUUAAAGUACCUGUGGGAGAAGGACUAUCAAGUGCUGGUCUUCUACCAUAGCCCAGUGGCUCUGGAAGUGCCCUUUCUCUGGCCUGGCCAGAUGAUGCCAGCACCCUGGGCCAACACCACAGACCCUGAAAAACUGAUCCAGUUUCUUCAGGCAUCCAUUACUGAAAGAAGAAAGAAGGGCUCAUUUUUUAUAUCUCAGGUAGUGCUGACCCCCAAAGCUAGCACUGUGGUCAAAGGUGUGGCAAGUGGCCUCAGAGAAACAAUCACAGAAAGAGCUCUUCCCGCCAUGAUGCAAUGGGUCCGCACACAGAAGCCAGGAGAAAGCGGCAUCAAUAUUGUCACUGCUGAUUUUGUAGAACUUGGAGAUUUUAUCAGCACAGUCAUAAAGCUCAACUAUGUCUUUGAUGAAGGAGAAGCCAAUACUUGAUAAUAUUAUUUGGAGUAUCUGAGAAUAAGAUAGAGAAGACUUGUUGUAUUAGACAUAUUAUCUAUAAACACUCUGAUCUUCCUAUUCCACUGAGUCUCUGAUGGGAUUAGGGCUGGUAGUGGGUGGGCAAAGGGGGAAAAAUCAUUUCUUCAAUGAUUAUGAUCAUAGUCUGCAUUACUAUAAAUAUUUCAUUUUCCAGUCAAUGAGCAAAUUCUAGUGUUAGGGAUGCAAAUAAUAGUGAAUUUUGUUUUUCAAAAUUAGUCUUUGUAACAUGUGAUUCAUGAGUGUUUACUUGAUUGCGUUUUCUAAUUACAACCUAGAGCUCCCAUACUAUUUGCUGUAACUUUCUCACUCCUUCUUGUGCUUUUUAAUCAGAUGCUGUAUGGAACUCAAAGUAAUUGAAUGCCCAACAUAAUGUGUAUUACAUUGUUGUACUGAAAAUUAUUUGUUUUGUGGGAUGUGGUAUAAUAUUCUGUAGUCAUCUGCAGUUGGGCAAUCAUAGCUAACUGUUGGUCAUAGAAAAUAUGCAUCAAAUCAGUCUCCCUACAUCAGUACUAUUGGAGGCAUAAUCAGUGAUUUUUGUGUUAUAUAAAAACAAUAGUAUUUCACAGUAUUUCUAUUUAAGGCAGCUAUAAGUAUAGUGUAAAAAAAAAAAUUUGGAAGGACUUUGAGUGCUAACUCCAUAGUGAAAAAUGAGCAGUGGGGUGAGGGAGAUGGAUGCUGCUUUAAUUCAGCAACCUCUUAAAUAGCAAAUGCCCUGCAAGUGCCGAGUAUGUGAUACACUUGAAAAACUGCUAAAACCAGAACCUUUGAAAAGAAGUUUUUCUUUAAGUCCUCUUUAACAAUUUUAUUUUUUUUUACUAAAAAAGAAAAGAAAAAAAAUAAAUGAAAGACCUUGCAAGCUAGCUCUCCUGCUAAAUUGGAAUUUCCAAAUAUACCGUUCUGAGCCUUGAAUUUUGAAGAAUAUUUUUCAAGAAACUUCGAGUUUCUAACUUGAAGAAAGAAGAAGGAUGGCAAGAGGAAUUAGACCAGUGUUUCUGAAAUUAUGCCCACAGAAUCACAAGGGCCCAUAAAAUAUCUCCAGGGAAUUCCUGAACUAUCUGGGAUUGGGGCAGGUUUGUUUAAAAUUGGCAUCCACUCGUCCUUUUUAGGUUUCACCCUAUUCCAGAGAAGAGAUUAAAGCAGAAGACAAAAGUCUCAUAAAGUUUCUGUGACCUAACUUUUGAUAAUCCAGGUCCACAGGAAAAGAACAAAGAUAACAGUCUUGAGUGUUGCAUUCUCAUUAGUGUCUAUAUUGGACAACUCUAAAACAAUCCUGGAAGGAGCACAAUGCCCCUUACCUCUGUGCCUCACAGGAAUAUUGUGAAGCAUUUAUAAAAAUCUAUAAAAUUUUCUGAAAUUCUUAUGAGUUAUUUUAUCUCUAUAGUUAAGAAUAAUCACCUUUUAAUAGUUUACUGGAAAAUGCAGAUCUGUGAAAAAUGGGACAAUAGAGAAUUAAAAGUAUAUCCAUAUUUUCAACAAUACAAAUAUUUGUUUUCUGAAAAUAGUGCUUACUGGCAAUUGCAGAGAAGGAAUACAGAUUGUUCAUAAUGAAGAUAAGUUUCAUGAAAAGUGUAAUAUAUAUGUAGACCAGGUACCAUGAAAAUACACACAACAGAUAUGUUUAUACAUUGCAAGUGUGUUAUAUAUAUUUCUCAUACAAAAUAAAAAUAUAUAGCUACUCCUAUAUAAGUAGUCAGACAUGAAUAUACAUAAACAGAUAUAGACAGAUACAGUACAAUUCUUUUCAACUGAAAAUAAUAUUAAAUAAUUUAAUUGUCAUAUUGAGCCCAUUCAAAAUGUACAAAAAGGUGAUGAGCUAUUGAAAAUAGGAAUUGCUGAUUACACCAAAAUAUUUUUGUAAAAAUAUUGCAGUUUUGAUCUUAAAUACUCACAAAAUAUAAUUAUUUUUUUCUUUCCAAUUAUCCUUGCCUUGUAUUUAUAUUGUCUAUCUCUUUUACCUACUCUUUACAUGCAACUGAAAAUGAAUCCUUCUAAAAGGAUUAUGAAUUUAUUGAAACUUAUGCUCUAUAAAUUUACUUUUGGGUGCAGAUUUUCUCUCUAUUUAGUAUUCACCCCUCAGGAGGAUCUUUAGCCAAGCACACUUGCAAUGACACAAUAAUUUAACUUAUAAAUAUGACAAAAACAGAUUUUUCAACCUAUUCAUGAAAAAUAUAAUAUAGAGGUAACUGUUUGAUUUGUCCUUGAAAUUAGAUGUUUUCCUAUAAUGUUUGCUUAGAACUGUGUUAUAUUUGUCUUUUGGGUGCUGUAAAGAACAAACAUGAUGAAGCAUUACACUUCGCAGUUUCUUAACUUGGGAAAGCUUUUAUUGCUAUGAAUUCUAUGCACAGAAACUCUGUUAGACAAAAGCUACUCCAUGGUUUCCAUGUGGGUGUACAGGAACUACACAUCAGACGCUGAGAGUAAAUAGAUUUGCCUUAAUCUCUAAAGGAGGGCAGAGAUAGACAAGAACCAUGAGAACAUUCACUGAAAAAGAUCGUUUAAAAAGAGGAAUGGCAGCAGAUCCCCCUUGGCCGUCUUCUGUUCCUUGGCCCUGAGCGGGGCGGCACUUAGGGAGCAGACUGUAAGCCUUACAUCAAGAAAUGGAGUUGAGAAAUAGUGAUAUGCAAUCAAACCUUGCCCUUAACCUAUGAUUCUUUGUCUUGGCUGGGCAUUGUUUUUCCAGAUUUAGCAGCACAAGGGCUACAAAUAAGUCCCAAGAUGACAGGAGACACAUCUUGGUGGACUUUUGUUUUGCUUGUUUCUUAAGACUUUAUUUCCUAAGUCUUACAAGGCCAAAAAAUAAAAUAUAGACAGCCUGUACCCAACCUGCAGCAGGAAAUCAAAGAAGUGGGCAAAAUGAUGGAAAAGAAGUAAAGGACAUCUUGUAUUUAAGUUUGUUUUGCUGUCAGUAAUUUUGAAGGACCGAUAUAGUAAAAUCUUCUCCUGCCAUAAUAGUUUAUGUCUCUCUUAUUACUACAUAAUCACACGAACGUAGAGAAUGAGGAGGCAUCCUUUAAAAGCCUUAGGAUAUUCUAUAUGAUGACCUCAAUAUUCACUUUCAGCCAUACUGGGAAAACUCACUUUUUAUGGAGCGCCACCUAAAAGUGAAUGUAUUAGAGCAUAAAGUGUUCGGCAUGAUGCACCACACACACACACACACACACACACACACACACACACACACACACAAGCGUGCGCACUAUUCAAGUUUAAACUGCACCUAAUCUUCCAACUUAAUUCUGAUUUUUUUGUAACUUCAGCUCUUAAAACCAGCAUAUCCUAUGUUAGUAGGCAUAAAAAUAAGUCGAGUAUUCAAAUAUUUGAGGGGAAAAGGUUGCUAGAAAACCAAUGAAAAGUGAGACCAUCAGAAAUAGGAAAUGGCUGGUAAUAAUCUAAUUACAUUAUCAAUUACAUUUCUCUAGAGAAUCUAAGGCAGACUUGAACAUAAAUUAAACACAUAUGUAAGUUCGUUUAAAAAAAUUUAAGUCCUUUGAGGCUCUGCCAUGUUUUGGGGCAAAGUUAUGUGUUCAGGUUCUCCCCUGUUAAGAUUUCAGAUGGAAAGUUGAAAGUCUCAGGAAAUGCAUGUUUUCAUGAGUUUUUGGUUCUACAGUUUUACAAAUAUUCAAUGAUAUGGUCUUUUAAGCGUUAGUUGCUCAACCAAGCAGGAACUCCCUAGUCAGAGUGUUCAUAUUUUUAAUUGCUAAAAGAAAAUAAUGCAAAGUGUCCCUCAGGAUAUGCUAAAUAAAAUUUUCAAAGCAUUUUAUUUUACAGCACUUUAGUCUUUUCAACUAGAUUUCAGUGACAAUGUGGUGUAAAUGCUGUAUUUUGCCAUAACUUCCUGGUGGCUCCUGUGUUACAUACAGUUUUAAAUAAUGCUCCAAAUUGUUUUCCCAAUGACAAUGAUAAAAUGUUAUGUAGAAUUUGUAAAAGGUGUUGGUUUAAUCUGUCAAAAAUUGUGUAAUUUUUAUUUUACUUGUGAUACUCUUCUGAUGUUAUUAGUUCUAAACGUGUAUUUGUAUGAGUCAAAACUAUGUGCUUGUCAGUGGUAUGUGUAAAUAUAUUAUACUUAUCAAAAAUUAAACUUAUCCUAAAGAAAAAGGGCACAUUAUGACUGGCUUUAAUUCAUUUUCAUUUUUACUUAUUGUUGCUACAAUUGGAUUUAAGAUACAUACAGAAAUUGCGUUAUUGUUAAAGAUAGCUUUUAAAAAAACUUACAAGGUAUAUGCUUUAAGUCCUAUAAGUGAAUUGUACAGCUUGUGGCACACCUAUGCUUUUCAAAAUAAUCAAACAUCAAUUAAGUUCUUAACUUCAUCACCAUGCAAAUAGACUAAAUCCACAUUUGCUUCCUUCAGCAACAGAAACAGAGCACGUCUAAGCUGUUCUUUCCAAGAAGGACCUAUGUAAUGAUAAGCUUCACUGAUAAGCUCACUACUGAGAACUGAAUCUUCUGAAGAUGAAUCCCUGGUCCAGUGAGUAUCAGAGAAGCUCCAUAAGCAGGUGGUAGUUCCAACACUACUCCCUUUCAAAACCGAGUAUGAGGAACUCACAUUGUUUCCACCUGCCCCAUGUGCAGUGUAACAAUAGAAAAUUCAUGACUAAUUCCAGAAUUUACACAUGCGGUAAUGCCUGAAGUAAAAAUUCUGCAAUCUUCUUUGGGUUUCUUACUUUUUGGCUCUUCAAAUAUUUUUUUUUCAAGUGUAGUGUUACCAAAUAAAAUGUAGGACACCAGUGAAAUUCAAAUUUCAGAUAAAUUACAGUUUUAGAGAAUUCUCUUUAUAUGUCAUCAAAACACACAAAGAAUGCAUUGUUUAUUUGAAAUCGAAAUGUAAAUCAAUAUAUCCUAUAUUUUUUCCUAAAUCUGGCAACCCUACUUCUAUGUCCUUUCUUUUUUAGCUGGGCUACCUAUAAGAGUAAGAUCUACCUCCUCUUCUAUAUUUUUAUGUUAACAUACUUCAUGAAAAUCUCAGUCAUAAUACCCCUUAUGAAGGAAAAUAUUGGUCCAUGCUAGUUCUUACAAAUUCUUUAUGAAGAACCAGCUGAAAAAGAUGGAAAAAUUAAGCAAGCAUCUUCAUUAGAUUAAUACCACCACUUUAAAAAGUUCCCUUUAGUGGCCUGUUUUGAGGCCCAUAGUCUUCUCAUUAAUUCUUUAACAUUCUCUAGUAAUUGGAACAAACGUAAACAUACGUUAAAGAUAUUCUUGGAAAGUGAUAGUACCUUCUAAACUGGUACCAGGACCUCUUUCGAAAUUUAUUUUGUUUUCUUUCAGAGAGUUAAAAAACUAAUACAUUCUUCCCUUCCACCGUUAACACUUUGCCACAAAAUAUUCUUGUUAUGUUAGAAUUAGUCAUCUAUGCCAAUAUAUAAAUGACAUAAAAAGGAAAACUUCACUGUGAGGUGUCUGGGCACAGAUAUAGCCCUGUCAGUUCCUACUCAGAACAGCAGGGGGAGGUGCUAUUGACUGAACAUGGUCCCUGACAUGAAACUAAUAAGUGACAGACUUGCUAAAGCAAAUGAUAAUUAGUAACUUCUAUUUUUUUAAUUUUUAGUAUUGGAAGCUGCAGCAUAAAAACAAAGCUCUAAUGCUGAAAUUUUUAACUGUUUGCAGAGAACACAACCAUGUUGGAAAUUCUGAAAUAAAAUUCACAUACUACUGUUCCCAGCACUGAAUCCUUAAUAUGGUCUGAAUGGUUCAUGGAGUUAGUUUUGAAGCCUUUUUGGUAGCUACUUCUAAUCUUGAAAUUCUUCUGAGUGGUAUAGGAAAACAAAAAUCCCUUGAUAAACUGUUUUGCAUUCAUGAUUCCUACACACAUUUGUGUUGAUUUGCUUCAUUACUAGAGAAUGAGAAUUUACAGAGCUGGUGACAUUUCCUUCAUCAGAAAUUCACCAGAAGGAGAAAGAUUUGUGCCUUCUUUUUUUAGGAUCUGGUCACUGAUACUUUAAUAAAUAUAAAGAAAAUCCAUGCCUAGAGCCUGUAUAGCAAAUGUGAAUUUUGUAUAAGACUGUGUUCUUAAUGUAAAAACAGUUUCUUUGUACCCAGUGAAAUGCCUAAUAAAGUCCUAGU